AUGACCGGUUUUAGUUUUGUUUGGAUUGUGGUUUUCAUUAUAUAUUUUUUUCACUACUCAAAAGCACAAAUAGACAUAUACGUUACUAGUAUACCAAUCCCACUUGGAACAUCAUAUUUGUCCGUCAGGUGCAUAGAUUAUACAUAUAUGGGGCAUACUGGGUAUGAUCUUGAAUUGAUUCUUCAAUUCCGCCAAAAUCAAACCAAUGAAUGGGAAACAAUUGUAAAGGCCAACAGAUUCGGAUCAUUCCUUACAAGCAAUAGUACAGACAUUGAGACACACCUUCUAGGAAAUAGAAUGUGUGAUUAUUAUAUGUUUAGGUGCAUGAUAUACGCCGAAAUAUCAAUACACUUGAAAACAUGUAAAGAUGACCCAUAUCCUAGCUUUCGAUGCCAAAUUAUUGAUGGAACAAACACAAUUGAUAGCUCGGAGGAAGUUCAGCUAGAAAUUACAGGUAACCCAAAAUAUAUUGAUUCCCCAUCAAUUAUUUUUCCGUUGACUUCAAAAGUUUUCGAACUUGGAGAAGUGUUGCAGCUUCAAUGUACAGGAGAAAAGGACUUCAGAACCCAAACAGACACAGACAUAAGAUGGUGUAAGUCUGUAUCAGGACAGUAUCAGGUCUUAUCGUUACAAGACACUCCUCAAACUCAAAUUGUAUCCCAAAGAGAAGAUGGCUGUACCUAUGUACAAAAAUCGGAAAUCUUCUAUCACAUAACAGAGGAAGACAAUGAUUUGGACAUUAUGUGUGAGUUGGAAUACAUUGAAAACAGUAAAAUAUGUGGCAAAGGAAGAUUCAACUCAACACUUCGAAUCUCAACUCAUUUGAAAGGAGACGGAUGGACACUAUCUCCCAUUAUGAUUUACAACGAAGACUCGAUGCUUAAUUCACAAAACAUAACUUUGGAAGGUAUAGGAAAUACUGUACAGCUUAUCUGCGUAGGGUCAAAUACAAACCAGACCGAUUCCAUUAUGGAAGGAAUGAUGUGGUGCAUAAGGAAGACAAAUAAUACCGAAUGGACACCAAUUGUUCUUCAAGAAAACAAACUAGAGACAGUGAUAAACUCUAGCGGAAAAAUAAGAAUUUACAGUAAAGUCACGUAUCAAUGUGGAAGUGGGGUGAUAUCUUCUAAUGUCUCCCUGCAAAUAAAUCCCAGCGAAUCGGAAGGUCAGUAUUAUCUGAAACAAAGAGAAAUAGUUGAACCCGAAAGAAGAGAAGCAUGGCUGGCAGUGACAUUGAUUAUCUCUGUGACACUAUUGGUAGUCAUCCUGGUCCUCGCCACAGUUCUUCUAAAACUUGCACACAGGAAAGGCGGACUGUCCCUGUUUGGAUUUGUAAUCAAAAGGGAAAGCAAGCAAAUUGUCACCGGACCAAACGAAAACAAUACUAAUACAGAAUUUAACAGAGAUCAUUCGCCUGAAGAGAUAUCAAGGGAUAUUUACCAGAUUCAACACAGUAGCUCGACUGCUAAUGAAAGUGGCAAUACAUAUGAAAUGCAUUUUAACCCAGAUAAACAACCUACUUACGAGGAAAUUACCAAAAACGCCGGCCGUAAGGAAGAAUACGAAAAUUUGUCCUUUUAGAAAAUGUUUAAUUCGUUUAAAGUUGACAUUGCAUGCUUACAUUUGUUAAAUGCAUUUUUGUCAGAAUUUGCAUAAUUUUUUUUGUUAAAUCAUAUUUAAAUUAUCAAACGUAAUGUGUGAUUAAUCAAAACGAAUACACAGCAGUACAACAACACUUCUAAUGGAUGUACUAUCAGCGAAUGAAAAGUAACUGAGAUGAAUAAUUGGAUUGAUUACGAAAUUGUUCUUAUCUGAAACGGGUGACUUCGAAACAAAGGAAAAUGCAUGCGAUACUUUAGAACUUCUUCUCAUUUGAAGCAAGAUUCAUUUAAACUGGUGAGAGCAGUUUUGUGAGUUGGAAUGGACCUUUGAAAUAUACAACCUGAUGCAAGAAGACACAGCCGUAUACUUAUAUUUUAUGUGUCGACAAAAACAGGAUGUUCAAAUUCUGCAAAUGCCAUAAUAAAUCUAGCCAGUGUAGUACUUUUGAUUGGUGUAUUUGUCUUUGAACACACAUAAGCUUGAAAUGGGAGGAUUCGGUCGAUUAUUCAUUGUAAAGAAUUUUGAACAGUUAUAUCAACGUAGUGCCUUAUGUUUAAUUCUUCCUAGAAAAGCCACCCAAGCCUCGCCAGAAAUGUUGAUAGUUGCUUCAAGCAGGCAAAAUCAUGAUAUAACACUUAAUUUUCUGUUUCGUGAAUUAAUCAUUAUAUAUUUUUGUUUAUUUUUUAAGAUUAUUUUUAAUUUUCGAUGUUGUUAUAUUAGGUUAGCUUACAAUAAAAU